CCGCCCGCCCGGAGCCUGCCGGGAUUGUGGCGGUCGGUCUCCCGAAUCGGAAGCCGGCGCUGCCUCGGGACUCCCGAUAUGGCGACCUCUCUGGGUUCCAACACCUACAACAGGCAGAACUGGGAGGACGCGGACUUCCCUAUACUGUGUCAGACGUGUCUUGGAGAAAACCCUUAUAUACGAAUGACCAAAGAAAAGUAUGGCAAAGAAUGCAAAAUCUGUGCCAGACCAUUCACAGUGUUUCGCUGGUGCCCUGGGGUCCGCAUGCGCUUCAAGAAGACUGAAGUGUGCCAAACCUGCAGUAAAUUGAAGAAUGUUUGUCAGACCUGCCUGUUAGACCUAGAGUAUGGCCUACCCAUCCAAGUUCGCGAUGCAGGAUUGUCAUUUAAAGAUGACAUGCCCAAAUCAGAUGUCAACAAAGAAUAUUACACACAAAAUAUGGAAAGAGAAAUUUCUAACUCUGAUGGAACACGACCAGUUGGCAUGCUGGGAAAAGCUACAUCCACCAGUGACAUGCUGCUCAAAUUGGCCCGGACCACACCGUACUACAAACGGAAUCGGCCCCACAUUUGUUCCUUCUGGGUGAAAGGAGAGUGUAAGAGAGGAGAGGAGUGUCCCUACAGACACGAGAAGCCUACCGAUCCAGAUGACCCCCUUGCCGAUCAGAAUAUAAAAGACCGGUACUAUGGAAUUAAUGACCCUGUAGCCGAUAAGCUUCUAAAGCGAGCUUCAACCAUGCCUCGUCUAGACCCACCAGAGGAUAAGACCAUUACCACACUAUAUGUGGGUGGUCUGGGAGACACCAUUACUGAAACAGAUCUCAGAAACCACUUCUACCAGUUUGGGGAGAUCCGCACAAUCACGGUUGUGCAGAGGCAGCAGUGUGCCUUCAUCCAGUUUGCCACCAGGCAGGCUGCUGAGGUGGCUGCAGAGAAGUCCUUUAACAAGCUGAUCGUGAAUGGCCGCAGACUCAAUGUCAAGUGGGGAAGAUCCCAAGCAGCCAGAGGGAAAGAAAAGGAGAAGGACGGAACCACAGACUCUGGGAUCAAGCUAGAGCCUGUACCAGGACUCCCUGGAGCUCUACCUCCUCCUCCUGCAGCAGAAGAGGAGGCAUCUGCCAACUACUUCAACCUGCCCCCAAGUGGCCCUCCAGCAGUGGUGAACAUUGCCCUACCCCCACCCCCUGGGAUCGCCCCACCCCCACCCCCAGGUUUUGGACCACAUAUGUUCCACCCAAUGGGACCGCCUCCGCCUUUCAUGAGGGCUCCAGGACCAAUCCACUACCCCUCUCAGGACCCUCAGAGAAUGGGAGCUCAUGCUGGAAAACACAGCAGCCCCUAGCACAGCAUCACCACUCGGGCUCUGAGGAAGAAAGGGCGCUCUAAAAUCCCAGUAAAUGAAUCCUGGGAUAAGUAUAAUUUUCCUUGCUUUGUAGUUUCCAUGGUAGCUGAAUGUGUUCAGAUGUGGGCAGCCAGAGAACACAGCUAUGCUUCCCCACAUGUAUCAGAGGAUCAGUGGGCCCAAAACAAGCUGCCAUGAACACAGCUGCUUACUACUCUAGCAGUACUAAGACAGCCUUAUGUGUGUUCGUUCCUUUUCUACUUAGUGGGGAACGUACACAUGGGUGAAUCGGAAUAACUAAUGGAGUUACUAUCCCAAUAUGUUCAUUUUGUAUCUUUUUGGGCGGGAGGCAAAAAUUGACCUGCGAUUUGGAAAAAAAAAAAACUUUUGACCAUUUUUAUGUCUAUUUGGUAUUUUCUUUUAUAUCAUCUAAAAAAAUUUAGUACUAAUCAUUGUAGUGUCGUAAAUGUGAUUUAACCAAUUUGAAGUCACACCCUCAGAGACAAGCAGAGACCAGAACCCAGCACAGCCGAUAUUUUCUUUGCUUUUAAAACUUCAUGUUACUAAAGGAGUCAACUGAUAAUUUGACUUCUCCACACUGUCAGAAAAAGACAAAAGUAAAAACUUGCUUUUUAUUCCUAUUGGGUGGAAACCCAAAUUUUAUGGCGCUGCAUAUCAUUGAUGAAACCUGGUACCUGAGAUGAGAUGGUUUGAAAGAACUUCCUGUGAAACACCUUAAUAAACUGAAAGGAAGAGCCUUGGCGUGUGUUUGCCUGGAGACUGUCCGCCUGCAGCCGGAACUUGGAUCCUCAGCGUUCACCCGUGUGUCUUCAGCGGCUCACCAUUCGCUGCCUCUGGGCAGGAGACUGUUCAGUCUUAGGAUGUUUGGAUUUAACUCAAUUGUAGAUGGUAAGGGAAAUUUGAUGUUGUAUUGUAUUUUUUGUUUUUAAAUAAUUAAAACGGGUCAAUUUUCCAAAUGUUUCUGGAUUUCUGUUUCUUUUACCCUUUGAUAUUGAAUUUGAAAUUGGUAAAAGAAACAAGUUAUACAUGUGAAUUUUUUAAUCUUCA